AGCCGUCGGCUCGAGAUCUGUGUGUUUGUGAUUUGUCAUUAAUUUUGUGCUUUACUAUCCGUUUUCCUUUUCCAAAAAUUCUGACGAUGAACAGAAAGUAGCACUAGAAAGUACAAACUAACUGAUAAGAAAUGAGCGCUUUAAUUCUUUAAAUUCCCAUAUUAUUGCAAUUAGUACUUUAAUACCUUUGUUGACAUACUUUAUGUCUAGUAGCAAAUCUAGCAAUCGUAUAGCAAAUCUAGCAAUCGCCAGAUAAAGCGUGCAUAUUCCGAUAUUUUCCGGAGCAUCUGUGCUGUUUGUAAAUUUGAGCACGUUAUAGCGACGUUACAGUCGUUACUUGAUAAUUAGUAUUGCUUGUUAUAUUGCCACUGGAGUUAUCACAUCAUGGAGAGAGAAGGCACAAACUACGCUACAUCUAAAGUGAAACCUACGCUCAACAAGUAUGGUUGGGUAAUUGAACAGCUGGAUCCUUUAUGCGCGGAAUUCUUCACGAUGGUCCCGUCCAUUCAGGCUCCCAUUGCCGAUUUUGGUUGUGGAUACGGCUACAGUAGUAAGAAACUCCUUGAAUUAGGAGCCACUGUCAUAUCGAAUGAUCUCGACGAUCGGCACAUGGAAGAUCUCCGCGUCACGGUGAAUCCCGACCAUGCCGAUCGCCUGACAAUUAUGUCGGGAAAUGUUGCCGAUCUCGAUAUAAAAGCGGAAUCUCUCGGUGGCAUAUUAGCCGUUAACUGGAUCCAUUUUCUUCCAACGGCGGAAGCUAUUCGAGAUGUUUUGGACAAGUUUUAUCGCUGGUUAGCUCCCGGCGGGAUCCUAUGUGUUACAGCGGUGCAGCUGAUCCAGUAUGUCGAGCCGGAAAUAUAUAAGAAAUACAUGAAAGGCCGGGGGAAGAAGGAGUGGAUCGGAUGGGUGACUCAAGAGGAAAUGCGUGAAGAUAUGAAAGAUAACUUGCCCAGUACUAUCUGUGCCAUCGAUGAAGUCAUCUUGCGAAGGGAGCUGCUGCGGGUUGGGUUCAGUGUGGACAAAUGCUUUCCAUACAGUGCACCUGACGUUUACGAAGACGACUACAUUAAAGAUUUUGCUGUGGGAGCAAUAGCCUCCAAGCCUGUAAUUUAGACAGGUAAUGCUUGAUCACUUCAAGCGCUCUGAUUCAAGUUCCAAAAGGCAUUCCUUGCAUGAAUGAUGAGGAAUAGGAUAUUGUUUGUGCGGCUAUCGCUGAUUGUGUACGUACUUGGAUUGCUUUUAGAAAUCUUAUUUUUUAUGCUUCGCAUACUUCUACCGCAUAAUUUACCUGUACAUCGUUGCCUUUCUGUGACUGAGCGACUUACAGUUAGAGGAAUGAUUAAAUAUACAUGCGCCUUGCGGCCU